GCUGUCAUUCGCGGUGCGGGUCGCCGCCCUCAGCUGCGCCUGGCGGUUCCGGCUCCUCCUUCUCCCUCCGCUACGGCCCUACCAUGGUGUUUGAGUCGGUGGUCGCGGACCUGCUGAACCGCUUCCUGGGGGACUAUGUUGAGAACCUGAACAAGUCCCAGCUGAAGCUGGGCAUCUGGGGCGGUAAUGUGGCUUUAGAUAAUCUACAGAUAAAAGAAAAUGCUCUGAGUGAAUUGGAUGUUCCUUUUAAAGUCAAGGCUGGCCAAAUUGAUAAAUUAACUUUGAAGAUUCCUUGGAAAAACCUUUAUGGAGAAGCAGUUGUUGCUACCCUCGAGGGAUUAUACCUGCUUGUUGUCCCUGGAGCAAGUAUUAAGUAUGAUGCUGAGAAGGAAGACAAAUCUUUGCAGGAUAUUAAGCAGAAAGAACUUUCCCGAAUUGAAGAAGCCCUUCAAAAAGCAGCAGAGAAAGAUAAGCCAAAAGAAGCCAAAAAGGAUACAUUUUUGGAAAAAUUGGCAACGCAAGUAAUAAAAAAUGUACAAGUAAAAAUCACAGAUAUUCACAUUAAAUAUGAAGAUGAUGUCACUGAUCCAGAGCGGCCUCUUUCAUUUGGUGUCACAUUGGGAGAAUUUAGUCUAUUGACUACAAAUGAACACUGGACUCCAUGCAUAUUAAAUGAAGCAGAAAAAAUUAUAUACAAGCUUAUACGGCUGGAUAGUCUUAGUGCUUACUGGAAUGUAAACUGCUGCAUGUCUUACCAUGGAUCAAGGGAGCAGAUCUUGGAUCAGUUGAAAAAUGAAAUUCUUACCAGUAGAAAUAUACCCCGGAACCAUCAAUAUAUUUUCCAGCCAAUAUCUGCCUCUGCGAAACUUUACAUGAAUCCUUAUGCAGAAAUAGAACUCAAAACACCCAAACUGGAUUGCAACAUAGAAGUCCAAAAUAUUGCCAUUGAACUAACUAAGCCCCAGUACUUAAGUAUGAUUGACCUUUUGGAGUCAGUGGAUUAUAUGGUUAGAAAUGCCCCUUACAGGAAAUACAAACCUUAUUUACCACUUCAUACCAACAGUCGACAGUGGUGGAAAUAUGCAAUUAAUUCUGUUCUUGAAGUUCACAUAAGAAGAUAUACACGAAUGUGGUCAUGGAGUAACAUAAAAAAACACAGGGAGUUGCUUCAGAGUUAUAAAACUGUCUACAGAAGCAAGCUAACCCAGACCAAAGUAUCAGAAGAAAUACAGAAACAAAUUCAGGACUUGGAGAAGACUCUAGAUGUUUUUAACAUAAUUUUAGCAAGGCAACAAGCACAAGUUGAGGUGAUUCGGUCAGGACAAAAAUUAAGGAAAAAAUCUGACACAGGCGAGAAACGUGGAGGCUGGUUUAGUGGGUUUUGGGGCAAAAAGGAGUCUAAGAAAAAAGAUGAAGAAUCAUUAAUUCCUGAAACUAUUGAUGACCUUAUGACUCCAGAGGAAAAAGAUAAACUCUUCACUGCUAUAGGUUAUAGUGACAGCACCCACAACUUAACUUUACCUAAGCAGUAUGUUGCCCAUAUAAUGACCCUGAAGUUGAUAAGUACCUCUGUUGUAAUCAGGGAAAGUAAAAAUAUUCCGGAAAUACUAAAAAUUCAGAUAAUUGGCCUUGGCACGCAAGUAUCUCAGCGACCAGGAGCACAAGCAGUGAAGAUAGAAGCAAAAUUAGAACACUGGUAUAUAACAGGUCUGAGACAGCAAGAUUCUAUACCAUCACUUGUGGCUUCAAUUGGUGAUACUGCAUCAUCUUUGCUUAAAAUUGAGUUUGAAACUAAUCCGGAGAAUAGUCCUGCUGACCAGACCCUGAUCAUUCAGUCUCAGCCUGUAGAGGUCAUCUAUGAUGCUAAAACCAUAAAUGCAGUAGUUGAAUUCUUUCAGUCAAAUAGGGGAUUAGAUCUUGAGCAGAUAACAUCAGCUACAUUGAUGAAGCUGGAAGAAAUUAAAGAGAGAACAGCUACAGGACUUACACAUAUUAUUGAAACUCGAAAAGUCCUUGAUUUAAGGAUAAAUCUAAAGCCUUCUUAUCUAAUAAUUCCACAGUCAGGUUUUCACCAAAAAAAGUCAAAUCUUCUCAUUUUAGAUUUUGGUACAUUUCAGCUCAACAGUAAAGAUAAAGGUUUACAGAAAACUACUAAUUCAUCUCUGGAAGAAAUAAUGGAUAAAGCAUAUGACAAGUUUGAUAUUGAAAUAAAGAGUGUGCAACUACUCUUUGCAAGAGCAGAGGAAAACUGGAAAAAGUGUCGAUUUCAGCAUCCAUCAACUAUGCAUAUAUUGCAACCAAUGGAUAUCCAUGUUGAAUUGGCCAAGGCAAUGGUAGAGAAAGACGCUAGAAUGGCCAGAUUUAAAGUAUCAGGAGGACUUCCUUUGAUGCAUGUGAGAAUUUCUGACCAGAAGAUGAAAGAUAUGCUGUGUUUGAUUAACAGUAUACCUUUGCCACAGAAAUCAUCUACACAGUCUGCAGAGAGACAGAUAUCCUCAAUUCCUAUUAUUUCAGAAGGGACCAAAGGUCUACUUGGUACUUCACUGUUGCUAGAUGGAGUGGAAUCAGAGUCUGAUGAUGAGUAUUUUGAUGCUGAAGAUGGAGACUCACAGAUUGCUAAAAGUAUCAAAGGAACAGAAUUUAAAAAAGCUGCAGAGAUUCCAAAUGAGGAACUCAUUAAUCUUCUACUCAAGUUUGAAAUUAAAGAAGUGAUUUUGGAAUUCACUAAACAACAGAAAGAAGAAGACUCAAUUCUAGUAUUUAAUGUUACACAGUUAGGAACAGAGGCGACAGUAAGAACAUUUGACUUAACUGCAGUGUCUUAUUUAAAGAAAAUCAGCUUGGAUUACCAUGAAAUUCAAGGAUCUAGAAAGAAACCCCUUCACUUGAUUAGUUCUUCUGACAAACCUGGAUUAGAUCUUUUAAAAGUGGAAUAUAUUAAGGCUGAUAGGAAUGGACCAAGCUUUCAAACUACUUUUGAAAAAACGGAACAAACACUUAAGGUGGCCUUUUCAUCUUUAAAUCUCUUCUUGCAAACACAAGCACUUCUCUCUUCURUUAACUACCUGACAACCAUUAUUCCAUCAGAUAGUCAAAAUGUGAGUGUUGUCAAGGAGGUACAGAUUUCAACUGAAAAACAAAAGAAUUCACCUUUGCAGAAAGUGAUUGUGUCCUCUAAAGAUAGUGACGUUGUUGGGUUUAGGCUGUUUGCCAAGUUGAAUGCUUUCUGUGUCAUUGUUUGUGAUGAGAAGAGCAAUAUUGCUGAAAUCAAGAUUCAAGGCCUUGAUUCCUCCCUUUCUCUUCAGUCAAAGAAGCAAUCACUUUUUGCCAGAUUGGAAAAUAUUAUUGUCACAGAUGUUGAUCCUAAGACAGUUCAUAAACAAGCCGUGUCAAUAAUGGGAAAUGAAGUUUUUCGUUUUAAUUUGGAUUUGUAUCCAGAUGCUACUGAGGGAGAUUCGUAUACUGAUAUGUCCAAAGUGGAUGCUGUGCUAUCAUUGAAUGUUGGCUGUAUUCAGAUUAUCUAUCUUCAUAAAUUUCUAAUGUCACUUCUGAACUUCAUGAACAAUUUCCAGACAGCUAAGGAGGCACUGAGUGCUGCCACUGCCCAGGCUGCAGAAAAGGCUGCCACGAGUGUGAAGGACCUUGCUCAGAGGAGCCUUCGUGUUUCCUUCUACAUUGAUUUGAAAGCACCAGUUAUUAUCAUCCCACAGUCUUCCAUUUCCACCAAUGCUGUAGUGGUAGAUCUUGGAUUAAUCAGAGUUCAAAAUCAAUUUAGUCUGGUGUCUGGUGAAGACUCCUUAAAUCCUCCAGUAAUUGAUAGAAUGGAUGUGCAGCUCACAAAACUCAAGCUUUCUAGGACAAUAAUCCAGCCAGGCAUCUCCCAUCCUGAUAUUCAGCUGUUGCACCCAAUUAAUUUGGAGUUUUCUGUAAAUCGAAAUCUAGCUGCAAAUUGGUACCACAAAGUGCCUGUUGUGGAAAUUAAAGGACAUCUUGAUUCAAUGAAUGUUAGUCUAAAUCAGGAAGAUCUUAAUCUUUUAUUUAGAAUAUUAGGAGAAAAUCUUGGUGAGGCUACUGAAGACUUAGAUAAAGUGAAACCAAGAAUACAAGAGACAGGUAAAAUUAAAGAGCCCUGUGAAACCUCUAUAUCACAAGAUGUACAUGUUUCACAAGAUACUUUAACAGCUGGAAUGGAAGAAAUUAGAUCUGUAGAUAUCAUUAAUAUUUUGCUGAAUUUUGAAAUUAAAGAGGUUGUGAUUACUCUGAUGAAAAAAGCAGAAAAGAAAGGAAGGCCUUUCCAUGAACUCAAUGUUCUGCAGCUUGGAGUAGAAGCUAGAGUUAAAACAUAUGAAAUGACUGCCAAAGCUUAUCUAAAAAAAAUUAGUAUGCGGUGCUUUGAUUUUACUGACUCUAAAGGAGAACCUCUUCACAUUGUUAACUCUUCUAAUGUAACUGAUGAACCUCUCCUGAAAAUGUUGCUAAUCAAGGCGGACAGUGAUGGGCCAGAAUUUAACACUGUUCAUGACAAUACCAAACAGAGACUGAAGGUUUCAUUUUCAUCCUUGGACUUAGUACUUCAUUUGGAAGCUUUACUUUCCUUUAUGGAUUUUCUAUCAUCUGCUGUUCCAUCCUCUGAGUCUUCCUUUUCUGAGAAGGAAUCUGAGCAAAAACCACUUGUGGGGGAAUCUGGAAGUAUUGCCAUCAAAACUGUAUCUAGCACCAUUUCUAAAGAAGAUGUGUUUGAUUUAAAAGUCACAGCUGAAUUAAAUGCAUUUAAUAUCUUUGUUUGUGAUCAGAAGUGUAACAUAGCAGAUAUUAAAAUACAUGGAAUGGAUGCCUCUGUAUCUGUGAAGCCAAAGCAGACUGAUAUGUUUGCCAGACUUCAGAAUAUCAUAGUUACAAAUGUUGAUUUGCUGUCCAUUCACAAAAAGGCUGUCUCUAUUUUGGGAGAUGAAGUCUUCAGAUUUCAAAUGACUCUGUAUCCAGAUGCCACAGAAGGAAAGGCUUAUGCAGAUAUGUCUAAAGUAGAUGGCAAACUUAGUCUCAAAGUGGGCUGUAUUCAAAUUGUUUAUGUUCAUAAAUUCUUCAUGUCUCUUUUGAACUUUCUCAACAAUUUCCAAACUGCCAAAGAAGCUUUGAGCACAGCCACAGUCCAGGCUGCAGAAAGAGCUGCUUCCAGCAUGAAAGACUUGGCUCAAAAGAGUUUCCGCCUUUUGAUGGAUAUCAAUUUGAAAGCACCAGUUAUCAUUAUUCCUCAGUCUUCAGUAUCGCCUAAUGCUAUUAUAGCAGAUCUGGGUUUAAUCAGAAUUGAAAACAAAUUUAGCUUGGUUCCUAUGGAACAUUAUUCUCUUCCCCCCAUUGUUGAUACGAUGAUUGUCCAGCUCACUCAGUUGAAGCUGUCCAGAACUAUUUUGCACUCUAGCUUGCCACCAUAUGACAUUGAAAUUCUAAAACCAGUCAACAUGCUUUUGUCUGUACAACGAAAUUUAUCAGCAACGUGGUAUGUACAGAUUCCAGGGAUGGAGAUAAAAGGAAAACUAAAACCUAUGCAGGUUGCUCUCAGUGAAGAUGACUUAACAGUUUUAAUGAAAAUUUUGCUGGAAAAUCUUGGAGAAGCUUCUUCACAGCCAAUCCCUACACAAUCUGUACAGGAGGCUGUAAGAGUGAGGAAAGAUAUUCUGAGUGGUCCUGUCUUCCUCAAAGAUCAAGAACAUUUGACAGACUCGAAACCUUCUGUGGGCCAGAAUGUUACUCUCCAAUAUGACUUUCAUUUUGAAUCUCUCUCCAUUGUCCUUUAUAACAAUGAUAUCAAUCAGGAAUCCAAACUUGCAUUUCAUAAUGACAGUUUCCGUCUUGGUGAGCUCAGACUGUAUCUGAUGGCCUCUGCAGGGAAGAUGUUCAAGGAUGGUUCAGUGAAUGUCAGCCUUAAACUUAAGACAUGCACCCUUGAUGAUCUCAGAGAAGGCAUUGAGAGAGCAACAUCAAGGAUGAUAGACAAAAAGAAUGACCAAGAUAACAACAGUUCUAUGAUUGAUAUAAGUUACAAACAAGACAAAAAUGGAAGUCAAAUUGAAGCUGUUCUUGACAAGCUAUAUGUAUGUGCCAGUGUGGAGUUUCUGAUGACUGUGGCAGAUUUCUUUAUCAAAGCCAUGCCGCAGAAUCCUGAAAACAUGGCAAAAGAAAUACAGAUUCCACCAAGACAGACUGCCACAGGAAAAGUCAAGAUAGAGAAAGAUGAUUCUGUAAGACCAAAUAUAACUUUAAAGGCCAUGAUCACAGAUCCGGAAGUGGUGUUUGUUGCCAACCUGACAAAGGCUGAUGCUCCUGCUCUGACAGCUUCCUUCCAGUGUAACCUCUCUCUGUCAACAUCUGAACUUGAGCAAAUGAUGGAAGCUUCUGUGAGAGAUCUGAAAGUGCUCGCUUGCCCUUUUCUCAGAGAAAAGAGAGGGAAAAACAUUACCACAGUCUUACAGCCCUGCUCAUUAUUUAUGGAAAAAUGUACAUGGGCCUCAGGAAAACAAAACAUAAACAUUAUGGUUAAAGAAUUUAUAAUUAAGAUCUCACCCAUAAUUCUUAAUACUGUGAUGACAAUCAUGGCUGCUAUGUCUCCAAAGGCAAAAGAAGAUGAAUCUAAAGACAUAUCUAAGGAAAUGGAAAAUCUUUGGGAUGUCAGAUCUAUUAGUGAUUAUAACUCUUGGUUUCUUGGUGUUGACUUCGCAACAGAAUUAACAGAAAAUUUCAGAGACAGUGAACAACCACGGAUAGAGGAAAAUUGUGCUAUUACUGUGGAGUCAGUUCAGAUUACCUUAGAAUGUGGCCUUGGGCAUCGAACAGUACCUUUAUUACUGGCAGAAUCUAAGUUUUCAGGCAGUAUUAAAAAUUGGACUUCUCUGAUGGCUGCUGCAGCUGACAUGACACUACAGGUUCACUAUUACAAUGAAAUCCAUGCUGUGUGGGAGCCACUGAUUGAGAGAGUGGAGGAGAAGCGACAAUGGAAUUUAAAAGUUAAUGUAAAGAAGAACCCAAUACAGGAUAAAAGUUUGAUGCCAGGAGAUGAUUUUAUUCCUGAGCCACAAAUGGCAAUUCAUAUUUCUUCAGGAGAUACAAUGAAUAUAACAAUAUCCAAAAGUUGUCUUAGUGUUUUCAACAAUUUAGCAAAAGGUUUUUCACAGGGUGCUGCUUCUACUUUUGACUACUCCUUAAAAGACGGGGCUCCUUUUAUGGUAAAAAAUGCUGUAGGUGUUCCCAUUAAGGUGCAACCAAAUCGUAAUCUCAGAGUGAUGGGCCCCCCUGAGAAAAGUGGCAUUUAUGAUGUGGAUGCUGGUCAGAACUUGGAGCUGGAAUAUGCCAGCAUGGAACCUUUACAUCAAGGGAAAGUGUGUGUACUCAACCGUCAAGAAAGCUCCUUCUUCACACUGACCUUUGUACCGCAUGGAUACACAGAAGUUGGAAACAUCCCUGUUGCCAGACCUGGACGGCGAUUGUACAAUGUACGGAAUCCCAAUGCCAGUCAUUCUGAUUCAGUCUUGGUACAGAUUGAUGCAACUGAAGGGAAUAAAGUAAUUACCCUGCGUUCUCCCCUGCAGAUUAAAAACCAUUUCUCUAUUGCAUUUAUCAUCUAUAAAUUUGUCAAGAAUAUUAAGCUAUUGGAGCGCAUUGGAAUAGCCAGACCUGAAGAGGAGUUCCAUGUUCCUUUAAAUUCAUAUAGAUGUCAAUUGUUUAUUCAACCAGCUGGAAUCUUAGAGCAUCAGUACAAAGAAUCUACCACUUAUAUUUCCUGGAAAGAAGAACUUCACAGAAGCAGGGAAGUCAGAUGCAGGUUGCAGUGUCCAUCAGUGGAAGUCAACUUCCUGCCUCUCAUAGUGAAUACAGUUGCUGUGCCUGAUGAAUUAAGCUAUAUCAGCACACAUGGGGAAGAUUGGGAUCCAGCUUACAUUAUUCAUCUUUACCCUCCUCUCACUCUGCGGAAUCUUCUCCCCUAUUCUUUAAGAUAUUUACUUGAGGGAACAGCAGAAACUCAUGAACUAACAGAAGGCAGUACUGCUGAUGUUUUACAUUCACGAAUCAGUGGAGAGAUCAUGGAAUUAGUCCUGGUGAAAUACCUGGGCAAAAACUGGAAUGGACAUUUCCGCAUAUGUGAUACACUUCCCGAAUUCUUUGUUGUGUGCUUUUCUUCCGACUCCACAGAUGUGAUGACAGUCGAUCUGUCCAUACAUGUCAGGCGAAUUGGCAGCCGAUUGGUGCUCUCUGUGUUUAGUCCCUAUUGGUUGAUCAACAAGACUUCUCGUGUUCUUCAGUAUCGUUCAGAAGAUAUUCACGUGAAACAUCCAGCUGAUUUUAGGGACAUUAUUUUAUUCUCUUUUAAGAAGAAGAACAUUUUUAGUAAAAACAAGGUUCAGUUAAAAAUUUCAACUAGUUCUUGGUCCAAUAGUUUCUCAUUGGAUACAGUGGGAAGUUAUGGGUGUGUGAAGUGUCCUGCCAACAAUAUGGAAUACCUGGUUGGUGUUAGCAUCAAAAUGAGCAGUUUUAAUCUUUCACGAAUAGUUACUCUAACUCCCUUUUGUACCAUUACAAACAAAUCAUCAUUAGAACUAGAAGUUGGUGAAAUUGCAUCUGAUGGCUCAAUACCAACUAAUAAAUGGAACUAUAUUGCUUCUUCAGAGUGCCUUCCAUUUUGGCCCGAAAAUUUGUCAGGCAAACUUUGUGUGAGAGUGGUGGGCUGUGAAGGAUCCUCCAAACCAUUCUUUUAUAACCAACAGGAUAAUGGCACUUUGUUGAGUUUAGAAGAUCUUAAUGGAGGUAUAUUGGUGGAUGUUAACACUGCUGAACAUUCAACUGUCAUAACCUUUUCUGAUUACCAUGAAGGAUCUGCACCCGCCCUGAUAAUAAACCAUACACCAUGGGACAUCCUCACAUAUAAACAGAGUGGAUCACAGGAGGAAGUAGAAUUGCUGCCAAAACAAGCUCGACUUUUUGCCUGGGCAGAUCCUACUGGCACAAGAAAACUUACAUGGAGAUAUGCAGCAAAUCUUGGGGAACAUGAUCUGUUAAAGGAUGAAUGUGGACAGUUUCCAUACGAUGCAAACAUCCAGAUACACUGGGUAUCAUUCCUAGAUGGACGCCAGAGAGUUUUGCUUUUCACCGAUGAUGUUGCCUUGGUUUCCAAAGCACUGCAGGCAGAAGAAAUGGAACAGGCUGAUCAUGAAAUUACCUUGUCUCUCCACAGUCUUGGGCUCUCAUUGGUGAACAAUGAAAAUAAGCAGGAAGUUUCAUACAUUGGAAUAACCAGUUCUGGUGUUGUUUGGGAGAUGAAACCAAAGCAGAAAUGGAAGCCUUUUAGUCAAAAGCAGAUAAUCUUACUGGAACAGUCAUAUCAGAAAUAUCAAGUAUCACGAGACCGUGGCUGGAUUAAGCUAGACAGUAAUUUUGAGGUAAAUUUUGGUAAAGUUCCAAUGGAAAUGCGUCUUCCUAUUCGGUGCCCUAUUAAACGAGACUUUUUAUCAGGAAUUCAAGUUGAAUUUAAGCAGUCUCCUCACCAGAGAAGUUUAAGGGCCAGGUUGUACUGGCUUCAGGUUGAUAAUCAGUUACCAGGUACAAUGUUCCCUGUUGUAUUUCAUCCUGUGGCCCCUCCAAAAUCUAUUGCUUUGGACUCAGAGCCCAAACCUUUCAUUGAUGUGAGUAUCAUCACACGAUUUAAUGAGUACAGCAAAGUCUUACAAUUCAAGUAUUUUAUGGUCCUUAUUCAAGAAAUGGCCUUAAAAGUUGAUCAAGGAUUUCUUGGAGCUAUUGUUGCACUGUUCACCCCAACAACUGAUCCAGAAGCUGAAAGAAAACGGACAAAAUUAAUCCAACAAGAUAUCGAUGCUUUAAACGCAGAAUUAAUGGAGACAUCAAUGACUGAUAUGUCAAUUCUUAGUUUCUUUGAACAUUUCCAUAUAUCUCCUGUUAAGUUGCAUUUGAGUCUGUCUUUGGGUUCUGGAGGUGAAGAAUCAGACAAAGAAAAACAGGAAAUGAUUGCAAUUCAUUCUAUUAACCUGCUGUUGAAAAGCAUAGGUGCUACUCUAACUGAUGUGGAUGACCUUAUAUUCAAACUUGCUUAUUAUGAAAUUCGAUACCAGUUUUACAAGCGAGAUCAGCUCAUGUGGAGUGUUGUUCGGCAUUACAGUGAGCAGUUUUUAAAACAGAUGUAUGUCCUUGUGUUGGGCUUAGAUGUGCUUGGAAACCCAUUUGGAUUAAUUAGAGGUCUGUCUGAAGGAGUUGAAGCAUUGUUCUAUGAACCCUUCCAGGGUGCUGUUCAAGGCCCUGAAGAAUUUGCUGAAGGAUUAGUGAUUGGAGUAAGAAGUCUCUUUGGACACACAGUAGGUGGUGCAGCAGGAGUUGUAUCUCGAAUCACAGGUUCUGUUGGGAAAGGUUUGGCAGCAAUUACAAUGGACAAGGAAUAUCAGCAAAAAAGAAGAGAAGAGAUGGGUCGACAGCCUAAAGAUUUUGGAGACAGCCUGGCCAGAGGAGGGAAGGGCUUUCUGCGAGGAGUUGUUGGUGGAGUGACGGGAAUAAUAACAAAGCCUAUGGAAGGUGCCAAAAAGGAGGGAGCUGCUGGAUUCUUUAAAGGAAUUGGAAAAGGGCUUGUGGGUGCGGUGGCUCGUCCAACUGGUGGAAUCAUAGAUAUGGCCAGUAGUACUUUCCAAGGCAUUCAGAGGGCAGCAGAAUCAACUGAGGAAGUGUCUAGCCUCCGUCCCCCACGCCUGAUUCAGGAAGAUGGUAUCAUUCGUCCAUAUGAUAGACAAGAAUCUGAGGGCUAUGACUUAUUUGAGAAUCAUAUCAAAAAGUUGGAAGGAGAGACUUACCGAUACCACUGUGUUAUUCCUGGAAGCAAGAGAACAGUACUGAUGGUUACAAAUAGGCGAGUACUAUAUAUAAAAGAAGUUGAAAUCCUUGGCCAUAUGUCCAUAGACUGGCAAUGUCCUUUUGAAGAUUUUGUACUUCCUCCUAGUAUUGAUGAAAAUCUGCUGAAAAUUUCAGUUAAGGAGCAGGGUCUGUUCCACAAAAGAGAUAGUGCCAAUCUAGGCUGUCUUCGGAAAAUUUACCUGAAGGACAUCACCACAGCAAAGAGAGCAUUUAAUGCCAUUGAGGAUGCACAGUCAUUGAGACACCAACAAAAGCUGAUGAAGCAGUCAUCACAGAAACUUCUCAGGCCUCAAACACCAUCAUAAUUAUAGAUCCCAGAGGACUGCUGGUGGGGGAAAAAUCACUCAUAUUUACCAUGGUAGAGAGAAGUUUGCAAGCAACUUUUUAGUUUUAUGUAAUAGAAUAGCUAGUGUUGGGUUUUUUUUUUCUCCCCCUAUAGUUUUGACUCUUAAUUUUAUAACCAUGCCUGUGUUAGCAACCCAUUGUACACUACUGCUUAAGUGAGUGAGAUCUUUGCAGAAAUGCCACUUGAGAUUCAGAAUGAAAUUUUCAUUAAUAUUAAAAUUGUGAAGCAAAUGGCAAUAGACUUAUUUUUAAUUAAUUUUUUAAACUAAAGAAUGAGAAAGAGUUUAGAAUGAUUAGUGUUCUUUGAAUGGUUUUAGCCACAAAAUGUUGGACACUUUGACAUUUUGCCUAAAAGUAAUUUGUUCAUUAAUUGAACUGAGAUAACAUUUUUUGGUAAACCAGGUAA